GACAGCCUACGCGGUACAGUCCACCAUGAGCGGUCAGCGUGUACACAAACCCCCAGCGAGGCUGGGAACCUCCGGGGCGAUGCUGCGGCUCCUGCGGCUCCUGCUGCUGCUGGCGGCAGCGUCCACGUCCCACUCGUGGGGCCUCUUCACGGUGGAGAGCAGUGGCCUGGGCCUAGCCCUGAUGGAGUCUGUGGCCGGGGCCUUGAAUGCCUCCAGCCUGGCGCUGGCCAACGACACGGCCUGGCCGCUGCAGCACCAUCCGCCCGUGGAGCAGGCUGAGAUCGAGUCGUAUGACUACAUUGUGGUGGGUGCCGGCAGUGCUGGCUCCAUUGUGGCCAGUCGCCUGAGCGAGUCGUCGCCCCACGUGCGGGUCCUGCUGCUGGAGGCGGGACAGCUGCCGCCCCUGGAGUCGGAGAUCUUCUCGCUGAGUCCCACGAUGCACCGCGACGAGCGGUACAUGUACCUGGACGAGGCCGAGCCCAAUCCCAGCUGCUGUCUGGCCAUGGAGCCGCCGCACGGCUGCUCCUGGUGGCAUGGCCGCAUGAUGGGCGGCACCGGGGCCCUGAACGGGAACAUCUUCGUGCCCGGCAGCCAGGCCAACUUCAACGGAUGGCGGCGACGGCUGAAUCUGCGCGGCUGGGACUGGCCCCAGGUGCAGCUCGCCUACAGGCAGCUGGAGCGGCGCCUGCAGCUCAGCUACUUCCCGGUAGAGCCCCUCAGCCAGCGCCUCUCCGGCCUGAUCUAUGCGGCUGCCUCGGAGCUGGGCGUGCCGCGAAUGAAGCAGCCGCUGGUGGCCAGCUCGAGCUUCGGCUACACCCACCACGUGCCAGUGACCCUCAACGCGGGCAGAAGGGCCAGCAGUGGGCGCCUGUACCUGGCCACCCCGGAGGCCAGUCGGCGACCGAAUCUGAAAGUGGUCAGAGGCGCCAGCGUGCAGCGAGUGCUGCUGGACGAGGGUGGCGGCCGGGCCAAGGGCGUUGUCUACUCCCUGGAUGGCCCGGGCGGUGGAGAACGCACCGCCAAGUCGCUCCGUGAGGUCAUCGUGAGUGGCGGAGCCAUCAACUCUGCCAAGCUCCUGCUGCUCUCCGGCAUCGGACCCGCCGCACAGCUGAGUCCGUUGGGCAUCACACCCCUGCGGGAGCUGCCCGUGGGCCAGAACCUCCACGACCACGGGAUGCUGCCGCUCUACCUCCGCUUCACCCGUAACUGCGCCGUCAACAGCACCCAGGAGGCGGGGCCCAGCGCCUACUCGGCCGCAUCCGUCGCCGAGUACCUCCUGAACGGCCAGCGGGGCCCUUUGGCCAACAGCUUCUCCAUGAUGGGCUUCAUCAACUCCAGUGCCCCCGCCUCGAGUCAGGGCGAGCCCGAUCUGCUGCUGGUGGCUCACACGCUGAUGGCGCGCGGCGGCUCGGGAAGCUUUGGGUACCUGGGAUUCCGGCCAGAGCUGGUGGAAGCCCAACGGCAGGUGCUCCUCGAGUCAGACAUGCUGCAGGUGAUGGGCUCGCUGCUCAAGCCGCUGUCCCGGAGCGUGAUCCGGCUGCGCAGUGCGGAUCCCUCGCAGGCCCCGCUCAUCGAGAGCCACUACGGCGAGGAGCCCGAAGACCAGGCCACCCUGCUCCGCUGUGUGCGCUACGUGCAGCGGAUGGCACGGACCAAGUCCUUCCGCCGAUGCGGCCUCCAGCUCUGGCUGCCCCCCCUGGCCGCGUGCGACCAGCUGGCCAAGGACUCGGACGAGUUCUGGCUGUGCUACAUUCGACAUUUCUACGUGGGCUCUUGGCACUCGGUGGGCUCCUGCCGCAUGGCCGUUGCCGGGGAUCCGCGGGGCGUCGUCGAUGAGCGGUUGAGGGUGCACGGGGUGCGGGGCCUGCGGGUGGUGGACGCCAGCGUCAUUCCGGAGAUCACGGCGGGCCAUACAAACGCCCCGGCCAUGAUGAUCGGUGAGCAGGGCGCUCGCAUGAUCAUCGAGGAUCAGCAGGCCAACGAGGUGCUGGAUGGUCUCUAAGUAAUCUUCCUAUCCAUCCAU